AUGUACGGAGCAGAAAGGUGAGUGUGCUCGGAAGUCAGAGGUCUCGGCUCACAUGCCGCGUACUGCAAGCUGACCGCCGAUCAUCUCACCACGUCAUCCGACAGACAAGGUCUCUCGCACCGAGAGAACCGAGCCGCGUUGCUCGCGUCGUCGAACCCGUCCUCGCGGUCGCACUCGCCACUGCCGACACACUACCCCAAGCAUCUCCAAGGGCCAUACGCGAAUGCGAGUCGCACAGCCGAUGACCUCGAGUCGCAGAACGAGGACAACCUCCAGGGAUUGAGCGCAAAGGUCAAAUUGCUCAAGGACGUACGUUCCCCCUCUCCACACCCGAAUCCUCAUGGGGUUGCCUGUAGCACCCUGACUCACCCUCAUGCGACCCUUCCGACCGCAGAUCACGAUCAACAUUGGAAACGAAGUGAGGGACUCGACAAAACUACUUUCCAACAUGGUAAGUCGAGGCAAUGUACCCCCCCCCCCCCCCCCCUUGGCUAGGCCAAAGUUCUCACCGCGCUGACGUGCUAACACCCCUGGGGUAUUCCUUCUCACCACCCCAGAACGAUCAAUACGCAGAAACAGGUGGUUUCCUGAGUGGAACCAUGAGCAAAAUGGGCAGGAUGGCAAAACGACAGGGCGGUCAAUGGUGUCUCUGUGCGUGAUGAUGAAAUGACUUCAAUUCCUCGGUGAUCUCAAUCCGUCACUGACUUUUUCGUUUUUGCAACAGGGAUGAUGUUCCUCUUGUUGAUCGGAACCAUCUUCUUCUGGACAUGGUUAUUGCGAAGGUGAAAAUGUGUGUCCAGUACAGCUGUUCCGAUGCGGUCACAUGCUGAACAUCCCUCCUCCCCCUGCAAAUCCGGUCAGAUGAACCCGCCGCCCCUCAGAACGUCGAAUGUCACCGCACGUUUGCCUCGCAUCGUAAUCUCUUUCGUUUGGUUCGUUUCUUUCGUUCUUUCACUUGGGUUUGCUUUUAUAGCCUUGUGUAUUAA